CACACACACACGGUUGUGACGGAGGCUUACACAUAUAGCAGUGAUUCAUGAAUCCACGUGGAUCACUAGAGAUCUACAGAACUGGUGUGUGCGCGAGAGAGAGUGUGUGUGUCGCGAUGCAGAUCCAGAAGCUGUUUGAGACGUUGAGUCUGGGCAGACGGCAGCAGUACAGCCUCCCCCUCGCAGACGCAGACGCAGACGCCCCUCCCUUCUGCGGAGGAGAGGAAGACAGCGAGCUGCUCUCGUUCAUCACCGCCUCCUCCUCCAUCGCUCUCCUCUCCUCCUCCUCCUCCUCCUGCGAGAGCGAGAGCGAGUCGAGCGGACGCGUGCGCAGAGCCCCGAGCCGUCAUGGCGUGAGAGAGACGCUCAUCAUGGGCAAUCAGGAUGGCAAGCCGGAGCGCUCGGAGGGCGCGGCGCCGGACGAGACUCACGACGCCGCAAAGAGAGGCAAAGGAGGGAAGAAGAAAAACAGAGGCGACAGAUCCUCGGUGUUCCCGCACAUACGCAAGCGCAAGCAGAGCAAGGCUAAGAGCGCGUCCAGAGAAGAGCUGGACAGGAGCGCGCCGUCGCUCUGCAACAAGACCCCGGACCUCUCCGGAGAUGAGCUGGACGAGCCCGAGCGUCCGCGGCCGGACGAGGAGAAGAAGGUGGCGAGCUCCGGCUCCGACACGGACAUGUACAGCUUCCACUCGGCGGCGGAGCAGGAGGAUCUCCUGGCCGACAUCCAGCAGGCCAUCCGUCUGAAGCAGGGCGUGAUGCUCCCGGCUCCGUGGGACCGCGGACACACUCCCACCCCCGACUCGGAGCCCUUCACCGUGAUCGGAGCCUUCCCGAAAAACGGCAUUGUGCUCUCCGGGGAGGAGCCGGCUGUCAACGGGCUCUCCGAGGAGCCCCUUUGUGCUCCGGUCGCCGUGGAAACGCUCACAAAAGAGCCCGAGGCCCCUCUUUCUCCUCCUCCUCCUCCUCCUCGUUCAGAGGUCGCUCCUACGGAGAGCACCACCAGCUUCCCCGACCUGACCGCGUCCUUCGAGAGCGCCGUGGAGGCGGUGGAAGACGACGACCGCUCUCCUCCGAGCACGGACACGGCCUCUGACCUCAGGUCGGCCGGGUCUCUGGAGUGUCUGACGGUCAUCGAGGAGCUGGUCCAGCGGCGUAAGAGCAGUGUUUCUGUUCCUCCGGAGAGUCCUCUGGUCACGCGGCUGCUGAAGUCUGCGGUCAAGCCCUAUCCGCCCAUCAGCACGUCCUACAUCAAGACCACCACCCGCCAGCUGAGCUCGCCCUCCUGCUCGCCCGCUCCCUCGCCCUCACACAGCCCUCUGUCCGCCCGCCGGGGGCCGGAGCGGGCCCCGAGGAGCCGCGUGAGGCGCCAGCGCUCCUACAGCAUCACGGGCCCCAUCAGCCGCUCCGCAGACUGGACCGAGGAGAUCCGCUCGCUGCCGACCAGAACCAGCGGCUCCGAGGAGACCCUCAGGACCGGGGCCCCGCAGGGCUCCACACGCAGCGUCCAGGAGGUCUUCACCGGACGGACUCUGUUGGAGCGCUUCUUCCAGCAGCAGGACUCUGGAGAGCCGGAGGAGGCGGAGAAGCUGUGCUCCAGGAUCCUGGCCAUGGGUCUCCUCCUGCCCUUCAGCGACUGCUUCAGAGAGACGUACGGCAGCAGCGGACAGAUCGCCCCCGCCUUCGACCACGAUCAGCUGUACACAUGGGCAGCGGUCAGUCAGCCUCCUCCGUCUCUGGAGGGACACCUGAAGGACCUGUGGCCCCCGACCAGACCCGGAGCCCAGGACCAGGACCGGCCCAAGCCCAAGUACACCGAGGAGGCGGUCGAGGAGCAGGAAGAGCAUCAGGCCGUCGUCUCCGACCUUAAGAAACAGCAGGAAGAAGAAAUCCGUCAAAUCGAGGAGGAGUCGGUGCUGAAGACUGUACGUCUGAAGCAGGAGCACGUCUGCGUGAUUGAGCAGCUGGAGCAGACCAUCGAAGACCUGCGCAAUAAGAUCGCCGAGCUGGAGAAACAGCACCCCCUGCUGGAGAGGGAGGUGCUGACGCAGGACCAGGAGUGCGGAGGAGAGGAGCGCCUCCUCCCAGACGUCUGCCACGUGGACCUGCAGACAGAAAGCACUGCGCUGCUGCCGCUGGAGGCCAAGUCGGUGCAGACGUCUCCCGUGGAGGAGAGCUUCGGGUUUAAAGUGCCUCCUGUGGAGGCGCAGUCACUGGGGAGGAGUGACUCCUCGCUGCCUUCAGAGACUGAGAAUGCUUCCCAAGCGUUUGUGUGCAUCUGCCAGCAGCAGCCGGGAGCUUCGGAGCCUCCUCCACCACCUCCUCCUCCAUCUGGGAUGUGUGCACCUCCUCCUCCACCUCCGCUUCCAGGAAUGAGUGCUAUUCCUGCACCUCCUCCCCUUCCAGUCAGUUCAUUUCCUCCUCUACCAGGAAUGGGUGCACCUCCUCCUCCACCUCCUCUUCCGGGAAUGGGUGCACCUCCUCCUCCACCUCCUCUUCCGGGAAUGGGUGCACCUCCUCCUCUACCCGGAAUGGGUGCACCUCCUCCUCCACCUCCUCUCCCGGGAAUGGGUGCACCUCCUCCUCCACCUCCUCUCCCGGGAAUGGGUGCACCUCCUCUACCUGGAAUGGGUGCACCUCCUCCACCACCUCCUCUCCCGGGAAUGGGUGCACCUCCUCCUCCACCUCCUCUACCCGGAAUGGGUGCACCUCCUCCACCACCUCCUCUCCCGGGAAUGGGUGCGCCUCCUCCUCCACCUCCUCUGCCAGGUGUUUCUGCUCCACCUUCACUUCCAACUUCAGGACCAGCACCUCCUCCUCCACCUCCUCCUCCAGGUCCUCCGCCGUUGGCUCCUGGUCCUCCUCUGUCCUUCGGCUUGGGUUCUCUGCCUCCUCCGCUCCCGCUGGGACUGUACGCUUUAGGAGUUCCGCAGGAGAAACCUCCUCGCAAAAGCUUGGUGGAGCCUCCGAGACCCAUGAAACCGCUCUACUGGACCCGAAUACAGCUGCACACCAAAAAGGACUCUCAUGCUGUUGUCUGGGAGAAGAUCGACGAGCCAUCCGUGGAUUUUGAUGAGUUUGUCGAGCUCUUUUCCAAAACCGCAGUGAAGGAGAAGAAGAAGCCUCUUUCAGACACCAUCAGCAGGUCAAAGACCAAGCAGGUGGUGAAGCUGCUGAACACCAAGCGUUCUCAGGCCGUUGGGAUCCUGAUGUCCAGUUUACAUCUCGACAUGAAGGACAUUCAGCACGCGAUCCUGAAUCUGGACAACACUGUGGUUGAUCUGGAGACGUUACAGGCGCUCUAUGAGAACGGCCUCGGACGUAAAUGAAUCCUCCGAUCAUGCCAAACAUGUGCUGCACAAACUUUCAGGAAAAUAAAAGCGCUUCCAAUCCAGGAUGAAGCAGUGCAUGUGGCACAUGACGGACGUGAUGAUCGCUGUGAUCCUUCUCAGUGCGUUCUGUGGAAGUGAUCAGAUAUCAAAUAUCAUUUUAAAGGGCUAAGAGAUGCAUUGUGUGCAAGGUUUCUCAAGGUUACUUUGCACAGUUUCUGCACCAAAAGUAUACUUGCAAAAAGGAUAUUGAUCAGGUAAUCGGUCUAAACCAGUGUAAGAACGAGAAAAGAUGCUCCUGAGUGUUUCUACAAUCAGACACACUCCUGAAAUAAUAUCUUAAUGUCAGAAAGUCUCGGGAAGCAUGCAUGUAUAACAUGGGCCCAUCUGAGCAGAGCGCUCGUUCACGUGCAUUGAUUGAUUAAAGCAGCAAAAAAAAAGCUUUUGUUUCAGGAUGCGAGCUGCUUUUGCAUAAAAAUCAUUUGUUUAUUUUAAAGCAUGGCGUGCCAGGUCAUUAGAGGGCUUUGAACCGUCCUAAAACUGGAUUCAGAUUCGUUCUUCUGAGAGUCUGCUGGCGGAGGCAGAGACGUUAAGAUGUUUUCGUCUGGCUCGCGCCGUAAUUACGGAAUCCAGACCUGUUCGAAAAAGCAAAAAAAGAAAAACAUACAGUCAGACUGCAGCAAUGCACCUAAUGAUCGCGCUAAUGUGUUUUUUCCCCGCUUUUAUGAGAGCGAGUUUCCCGUCUGGCCCGCGUACAGAUGUCAGUCCUGCCGCUCGCUGUCGUAUCUGUAUAUUGUCUUUUGAUAUCUGCCUUUGAGUUUGUGUUUGAAGGCCGAGCGCUUGAGCGCUGAAAGCUGCUUCGUAUUAACCGUAUUUACACUUAAAAAGGCAGUAAAUGGGACGCAGAGCGUGGCGUUUGAAGUGCCGUGUGUAUAUGUGCUGUGAUGGAUCUCCUGAUGACUCUUAAUGGAGCCCGAGACCGUUCCAGAGUUUAUAUUCACGCCUGAGCCGUACACACACUCUCCUGAAUGAACGUGUUUGUCUUAGCCUCAUUUUUUCUUUGUGUCUGAGAGCGAGAGAGCCGUUUUCUGUCUUUGAUCACCUUCCUGAUGGCCUCGUAGCGCUCGGCUGUGCG